UCCAAACCCUUUUCUCGUUCCUUCGAAUAUCUCCUUCACGCUUUCUCUCCAUCUGUCUCUCUCUCCUCCAAACCUAUACAUACAAUCCAUACAUACAUACCGCGAAUCGAAAUUUCAGUUUCGUUAGUUGCCGCUCUGUCUUCAUUUCCACUUUGUCUUCCAUCACCAGAUUUGAUUUCUUUUCAAACCCAAAACCCUAACCCUAAUUCUUUAUCGCUUUCACUUUAUGGUUUCUCAGAUCUGUACUCAAUCUUGAAUAUUAUGUCUUUCUGUGCAUGCAUCUAAUGUGAAUCUCUAUCAAUCAUCAGAUCCGUGGCAGAUGGUUUUGCAUUUCAUACAAGAUUCGUGGAGUUAUGAAUUGCAGAGAUUAUUGAAUGCAUAGGCAUGGCCUUGAUGAUUGCUUUCGGAUAGUUUGAGUUGGUACUAAUUUACUUUUGAAUGGGGGAAGCUGAAAGUGGAGUUUGUGUGGCAGUGUUAAAUGAAGGAAUGAUGAUAAUUGAUAUGCCAAAGGUGGCUGGCUUGGAGUGUGAAAAUCAACCUGUGGCAGGUGGUACUGAAACAGAGUUGUAUGGGAAUGAGAAGGUGGAGGAAGUUGCUCAUACUGACAUGGAGUGCUUCACCAACAAUCAAGCUAGUGAAAGUUUGAAGAACACUGAAUUGGAGUCCCUUGCUGAGGAGAAGGGGAAUGAAGGGCCGAAUGUGCCUGAUUUAGCUCACUGUGCUACUAAUGAAGUGAAGGAAGCUUCAAAUGAUGAUAUGUUCUCAGAAGUUUCAAAUCCAAAUUUGUCACCUAAGGGACAUACUUCAAGCUUCCAGACAUUUAGUAGUCAGCUGGUCGAGUGCACAAAUACUAAUCAAGGUGUUUGUGGUGAAAUUACAUCUUCUUGUUCAGGUGCAGAGGAGAGUUUGGGCAUGGAAUACCCUAGAGGCUAUGAAACAUCUGGACCAGUUUCUACAUCAUGUGUUGUACUUGAAAUUCCAAAGGAAUUUAGCACCACUGGUGUAAGGAAGAUUACACUCAAGUUCAGCAAAUGCAAGGAGGAUAAGGAUCCAUUAUCUGCUCCAACUGCCCCACCUAUUUCUAAGGGGGUUAUUGGUGGAUUUAAUCAACUUCAGGCUUGGAAUCCUGUAGAAUCUAGUGGUAUGGAUGUAGAAUUGAAUUCAAGCGCAAUUAAAGAAAACAUGGAACUGAAAAUGUCCAAGAAGGUUGUUCCUGACAUCUAUCCGACAAAUGUCAAGAAGCUUUUAUCAACAAAGAUAUUGGAAGGAGCACAAGUGAAGUAUAUUUCAACAUCUGGCCAGAGACAACUUCCUGGAAUUGUAAAGGAUUCUGGAUAUUUAUGUGGCUGUUCAUUCUGCAAUUUCUCCAAGGUUGUGAGUGCCUAUGAGUUUGAGCUGCAUGCUGGUGGCAAGACUAGACACCCAAAUAAUCAUAUAUAUUUGGAGAAUGGAAAGCCUAUUUACAGCAUUAUUCAAGAACUAAAGACUACACCACUCAACCUUCUAGAUCAAAUGGUAAAAGAUGUGGCUGGUUCUUCAGUUAAUGAGCAAUAUUUGCAGGCAUGGAAAGCAACACUUCUACAGAACCGUGAGGCCACUGGUUUGAAUAAUUAUGCUCAUGGAAAGCCUUCAGGCAUGUUUCACUUUACAGCAAGUCAGGCAACAGAAGAUUGUAUCCCUGCUCCACUUGCCUAUCUUGACAAGUCCUACCUGAGCCAGCAUAACUUUAGGGAUAUGGCUGAAGAGCAGAAACAUGUGGUUAAAAAGCCAAGAUCCUUUUCAGGUUCAGCCGUAGAGCAGAAGAAAACUUCAGAAGGUGGCACAAAGAAAAGGGAUAAUGACCUGCACCGAUUGCUGUUCAUGCCCAACGGACUUCCUGAUGGUACUGAUUUGGCAUAUUAUUCAAAGGGGAAGAAAAUUCUCGGAGGCUACAAGCAAGGAAAUGGUAUACUCUGUAGUUGUUGCAAUACAGAGAUAAGUCCAUCGCAAUUUGAAGCUCAUGCUGGGUGGGCAGCUAAACGUCAGCCUUAUCGUCACAUCUAUACCUCUAAUGGUCUGACGCUACAUGAUAUUGCCUUGAUGUUAGCAAGUGGUCAAAGUAUUACCACCAACAAUAGUGAUGAUAUGUGUGCUGUAUGCGGUGAUGGAGGAGAACUAAUUCUAUGUGAUGGAUGCCCUCAGGCUUUUCAUGCAGCUUGUUUAGGUCUAGAAUGUGCUCCAUCCAGCAACUGGCUUUGUGCACAUUGUCGAGACAAAUUUGGUCCUGGAAGAAAGGUGACUGGAGAAUCUAGGCCUAUUAUUAUACGGCUGACUAGAGUGGUUAAAGCACCUUCAUAUGAAAGUGGUGGUUGUGUUGUGUGCAGGGUCCCAGACUUCAGUCCUGAAACAUUUGAUGACAGAACAGUUAUGCUCUGUGACCAGUGUGAGAAGGAAUACCAUGUUGGCUGUUUGCGGAAAAUUGGACUUUGUGAUCUCAAAGAAUUGCCAACAGAUAAAUGGUUUUGCUGUUAUGACUGCAAUACAAUCUAUUUAGCCCUUCAGAAUUCGGUUAUGAAGGGAGCUGAGGCAAUUCCACCUUCAGUAUCAGCUGCUUUAACUAAGAAGCAUGUAGAGAAAGGUGUAGCUAAUGGUGGUGCAAAUGAUAUCCAAUGGAGAAUUUUGAGUGGGAAAAGUCGCUAUGCAGAACAUCUACCUCUAUUAUCCAAGGCUGCUGCAAUCUUCAGGGAAUGCUUUGAUCCAAUUGUAGCCAAAACUGGCCGUGAUCUUAUACCUGUAAUGGUGUAUGGGAGGAACAUAUCUGGUCAAGAAUUCGGUGGAAUGUAUUGUGUUGUUUUUAUGAUCAAGUCAGUAGUAGUAUCAGCUGGUCUUCUCAGGAUAUUUGGGCAAGAGGUUGCUGAGCUUCCUUUGGUGGCUACAAGUAGGGAAUACCAGGGCAAAGGCUAUUUCCAGGCAUUGUUUGGAUGCAUUGAGAAACUACUACAUUCCCUGCAUGUUAAGAACCUAGUUCUCCCUGCUGCUGAGGAAGCUGAAUCCAUCUGGACAAAGAAAUUAGGGUUUAGAAAGAUGACUGAUGAGCGGUACUUGAGGUAUUCAAGAGAUCUCCAGUUGACUGUUUUCAAGGGGACAUCAAUGUUGGAGAAAGAAGUGUGGCAAGCAUCUGAUGCUUUGUGAUCCAUUCCUUCCAAAUAUUUCAGGAAGAGAAGAAGACAAUCUUGCAUGCCUGUCCACUUUGUGUCGUGUCGGUGGAGACCUCUAUCCUAUGUGCCAUGUAAAAUUCAACACAUACAAAUGUGAAGUUGAAGCACAUAGGCAGUACAUAUUUUCAGUCUCCCCAAAAAUUAAGAGGCACAUCUGUGGCCGAUGGAAACCAAUACGAAGAGAGCUAAGUGAUCCAAAAAUGAUGAUCCUUAGAGCAGAUGCAAUGCAGGUGGUGUGUGUUUUUAAAAUCAGGAUUACUGAAGGGCCAUAGUGAUCAAAUAAAUUUUCUUUACUUGACAUGUUUUCCGCAUGAUAAGUGCUUAGGCAAUGUAUAAAAAGCAUGUUGACGUUUUUAUAACGCAUGCUGUACCUACCUCCUCUUUCAGGAAUUGAAUUGAUUUUUGCCUUCCUCGUGUACAUUUUUCCAAUCAAACCAGGAAAGAAAUUUUGGUUCUUGUAGUUUUAAAGGUGUCUAUUGUUAUAUUUGGUGGUCUUUUCAGAAAUGUGAUGCCUGAAAUUGGGAACAAA